AUGCCUUCCGAUAUACGCUCCUUCUUCGGAGGCAAACCCGCAAACACGCCAGCGGAGAAGCCCAAGCCUCAGGAGAGUAAGAAGCGCGGGCGAGCGAGGAAAGUCGUGGAGGACGACGAUGAUGACGAUGAGGUGCAAGAGGUGACGAGCAAGAAGUCUACACCUCGGAAGAAGAAAGAUGCCACUCCGCCGGUGAUGGAGACGACUGCUGAGGACUUCUUCGCCAAAGGCACGAAGCCGAAACGCAGUGAGCCCUCGGUUCGCCCCAAGUCGAGAGGCAUGCCCACCACCGACUCUACCACCAACAGCACCAAGAGCACCCCCAAGAAAGCCACAAACGGGACUGGAAGUGCGCGAUCUUCGGCGAGGAAGGCCAAGAAGACCACGAGCUAUGUGGACCUCGACGUGCAUGAAGACGACUUUCCCGAUGACGACGUUGACGAAGAGGAAGACAAUUUCAAAGCAGAUGCCAAGAGAGGGAGGAAAAUGGGCGAUGGCUACAAAGAGGAGAGCGAGGAUGAGGACGACCUCCCUCUCUUGCCGAAAAAGGAGCGUGGCAAGCAGAAGAAACUCAAAGACGAUGAUGAUGAGGACUUCGAGCCCAAUGGAGAUGUCGACAUGAAAGACACGCAUCCCACCGACGACUUCGUUGUGCCGGACGACGAUGAAGAGAUUGUUGAAGACCAACCCGCACACAAAACUCCGCUUCGAGGCACUGGCAGAAAGCGCAAGUCGGAAGAACUGGAAGAUGAUGACGACGACUUGGAGGUUGAAGAAGCUAAGCCAGCGAAGAAACGCUCGACGCCGGCCAAGAAGAGCACUGCGGCCAAGAAGCCAAAGAAGUCCGAACCGCAAGACAGUGCUCAGAUGACUGCAAUCUUCGACAGCAUCCCAACCAUUAAAGCCCCAUCGCCACCUCCCAAAACUGCCGACGGGGAAGGGAAGCCUAAGUUUCAGUUCGGAGGGCAGCACGCCAAUUCUGCAGUCCCUGCUGGCGCCCUCGAUUACAACGACAUUCCCACGGGCGCAGACAAUUGUCUUGCCGGUCUGACCUUUGUCUUCACUGGCCAGCUCCAACGCCUCGGCAGAGAGCAAGGCCAAAAUCUGGUGAAGCAAUACGGCGGCAAGGUCACCGGUGCUCCGUCGAAAAAGACGAGCUACGUAGUCCUCGGAGAGGAUGCCGGACCCAAGAAGUUGGAGACCAUCAAAGCACACAACCUCAAAGUCAUCAACGAAGAGGGAUUGUUCGAGUUGAUCAAGCGUCUGCCAGCCAAUGGUGGAGACUCGGCUGCAGCAGAGAAGAACGCUGAAAAGAGAGCAAAUGAGGAGAAGGCAAUCCGCGAGGCGGCGGCAGAGAUGGAGAAACAGGAGCGUGCGAAAAUGACAGCCGCUAAGCCGAAGCCGCAGCCCAACGCCUCCACCUCCAGCUCUGCUGUUGCAGCGUCGGCCAGCAAGAAAGAUUCCAAAGCACCAGUUCAAGGGCCCGACAGCCGUCUUUGGACGGUGCGCUACGCACCGCAACAAGUAUCACAGAUCUGCGGCAACAAGACGGCGGUGGAGAAGUUGCAGCGCUGGCUCCGUGCCUUUCCCAAGAAUCAACGCACCAAGUUCGUCCUUCCCGGUCCCGAUGCCAGCGGCACGUUUCGUGCGGUCAUCAUCCACGGGCCGCCUGGAAUUGGGAAGACGACUGCAGCUCAUCUUGUCGCCAAACUCGAAGGCUACGAUGUGGUGGAGUCCAAUGCCUCUGACACGCGGUCCAAGAAAAUGGUGGAGUCGGGGCUGAAAGGAGUGCUUUCAACGACCAGUCUGCUGGGCUACUUUGGCGCUUCUGGCGGCGGAGAGGUCGAAGCGAGCAAGAAGAAGCUCGUGCUGAUUAUGGAUGAGGUCGACGGGAUGAGCGCUGGCGAUCGCGGCGGCGUCGGUGCCCUGGCGGCUGUGUGCAAGAAGAGCCAGAUUCCCAUGAUUCUCAUCUGCAACGAUCGCAAGCUGCCCAAGAUGAAGCCUUUCGACUAUUGCACCUACGACCUCCCCUUCCGCCGCCCGACCACCGAUCAAAUCCGCAGCCGCAUCAUGACCAUUGCGUAUCGCGAGAAGCUUGAGAUUCCCGCUACCGUGGUCAAUGCGUUGAUUGAGGGCAGCGGGGCGGAUAUUAGACAGGUGGUGAACAUGAUCAGCACGGCCAAAUUGGACAGCCAGAAUAUGACGUUCGAGGAGGGCAAAGACAUGAGCAAGGCAUGGGAGAAACACAUCGUCUUGAAGCCGUGGGACAUGGUCUCGAGGAUCUUGGGUGGCGGGUUGUUCAAUCCAGCAAGCAAGAGCACGCUCAACGACAAGCAAGAGCUCUACUUCAACGACCACGAAUUCGCCUCGCUCAUGCUGCAGGAGAACUACCUGGGCACCAACCCGGCUCGUACGAAUCAGUUCAACGACAAUCCGCGAAUGAAGGCACUUGCGAAGUUGGAUCUGGUUUCCAAGGCCGCAGACGCCAUUAGCGAUGGCGAUCUGGUCGACCGUAUGAUUCACGGAUCCCAGCAGCAGUGGUCGCUGAUGCCAACUCACGCCAUGUUCUCUUUCGUCCGCCCGGCCAGUCUUGUCUACGGCAGCAUGGCGGGCCACCAAACGCGCUUCACCGCUUGGCUGGGCAAGAACAGUUCGCAGGGCAAGCUUUCGCGGAUCGUAAAGGAGAUUCAGGGACACAUGAGACUGAAGACCAGUGCCGACCGACAUGAGAUCCGUCAGACAUACUUGCCUGCGCUCUUUGACUUGCUGGUGAAGAGGCUGCAGGACGAUGGCAAGGAGGCUGUGCCGGAGAUUAUCGAGUUGAUGGACGCAUACUUCCUGACCAAAGAAGAUUGGGACGGAAUCUUGGAGCUGGGCGUGGGGAAGAAUGAUAUGGAGAGGGUGAAGAUCGAGACGGCCGCGAAGUCGGCGUUCACGAGAAUCUACAACCAGCAAUCGCAUCCCUUGCCCUUCAUGAAAGCCUCGCAAGUUGUGGCACCGAAACGCGCUCCGGCGAAAGAGAAGCCUGACCUGGAAGAGGCGCUUGAGGAGAGCGAAGACGAAGCAGUUGAUGCCGCGGAGGCGAAGGACGAGAGCGAAGAGGACCUGGACCUGAGCAAGGACAAGUACGUCAAGCAGCCCAAGAAGAAGAAGGCGCCGGCUGCUGCGGCGAGCAAGGGUGCGAAAAAGAGGAAGAAGGGGGAUGCGGAGGAUGAUGAGGACGAGGACGAUGACGCGCCGGCGGGAAAGAAGGCCAAAGGCAAGGGGAAGGCCAAGGCCAAGAAAUAG